UCCGUUCAGCAUAGUAUUUUGGGAGAAUUUCAUACCAAUAUUAUUCACUAGAAAUAACAAAGAAUUUUCUUCAGUAGAAAUUGUCCUGCGAAUUACUCUCAUAAUACUGAUAGCUGUGUGUCUCUCAGAUGCAUGGUGGGGUGGAAGUUCUAGAAGUUCUAGCUCUGGAUCAAGAUCAGGCUCCUCCAGAUCAGGCUCCUCCAGAUCAUGGGGAUGGCGAAGAAAUAGGGGAGGAAGUACAAAAACAAAUACUAAAACGUUGCCCCAUGAUAUGAACAAGAAUAGUCUUACGAAUCUGUACAACAGUAAAGUAAAGAAAGUUGAGAGUUAUUCAAGACCUCUAAAUGGUUUUCUUGGAAAAAUUGGAUUAAAGCAUACUGGAGUUGUUGCUACCACUAAAGAUGGGGGACGGUAUCUCAUUCAUAAAGGUUCUGGUUAUGGGAUCAAAUCUAGUACCGUCGUACUUAACGCCAAACAUAUGUCAAAUAAAUGGAAGAAGACUGGAGAAAAACUGACCAGUGGAAAAACCAUCUCUAAUCUAAUGAAGGAUGGCUAUGUGAAUAAAAAGUAUGGCGUUGGACCAAACAGUAAAAUAUGUUGGCAGUCCUCUGGUAAUAUUAUGGAUAAGGCGGGCCGUAGGAAGCGAGUAGCCUGUUAAUGAUCACACUGGUUUGCUGCCGUGUAUCUAUGUGAAAAGAUUUAAAAGAAUCUAUUGUAUACAAACCAAUUACUUGUUGUAUAAACAUCACUAGAUUAUAAUAAAAAUGCAUUAUUAAA